AUGUGCAGCCGCACAGCCCCAGCGGCUGGCGGGGGGCAGAAGUGCCCCGUGGCCCCCUGCCCUGACUGGCCUUUGUGUGUCAGCUGGCGGGAGAGCAGCCCUGGGCACUGGACCGGCGUCCUGGCAGGCCGGGGGUGCUGCUACACAGUCUACGAGGAGGAGGAGGAGGAGGAGGAGGGGGGCAGCUGCAAGACGCCCCCGCAGAGCGAGCUACAGCCUGGGGGAAGCAAGGCACCAGGGAGUCUGUACUCGGAGGCCCCUGGCUUGGAGCCUGUGGGGGGUGCAGACAGCUGUGAAGCCCAGCAGAUCCUCCGUGACUACUUCCAGCUGGAUGUAGACCUGGCCGCGCUGUACCAGGCCUGGGGCACGGUGGACCCACACUUCCGGCAAGUGGCUGCCAAUUUCCCAGGCAUCCGUGUACUGCGCCAAGACCCCGUUGAGUGUCUCUUCUCCUUCCUCUGCACCUCCAACAACCACCUGGCACGCAUCACAGGCAUGAUCGAGCGCCUCUGCCAGGCCUUCGGGCGCCGCCUCUGCCAGCUGGGCACGCAGCCGCACCACGCCUUCCCCUCGCUGCAGGCCCUAGCCGGGGCUGACACCGAGGGCCGGCUCCGGGCCCUGGGCUUUGGCUACCGAGCGAGGUUUGUGAGUCAGAUCGCCCAGGCCGUCCUGGAGCAGUUUGGCGCUCAGGGGCUGCACCAGCUGCGCAGCGUCCCCUACCCAGAGGCCAGGAGGCUGCUAUGCACCCUGCCCGGCGUGGGGGCCAAGGUGAGUGCAGGCCCUGCCUGGCCCCGCCCAGGGCUGUGCCGUGUGUUGGGCCCCUACCUGGGAGGGGAGACAGGGUGGGGUGCAGUGAGUCAGUCUCAGCUGGGCUAA